GAUCCAUCAAGCCUGUGAAAAUAUGUUUACGAUUACUAUCUCACCUGAAAAUUCGAACUCAUACGAUUGUCCGUUGACCGGUUUCGGGGGCCUCCACGCCUCCAUGCCCACGGCAAUACCCACAAACGGCGGAUAGAAAUGGCCAUUUAGAGUCUGGGUUCUGUCGGAGGAAAAGAAAGAAUAAUACACAACACAAUUCAUAGUUCCAAGUAGCAGAAAAGGAUGGGAAGGGUUCGGCUGCUUGUUUCAGAUUUCCUCAUGUCCUUCAUGUGGGUGUGGUCUGGGGUUCUAAUUAAGGUAUCUGUCUCCAGAUAUUUGGGGUUGAGUCACCAGCCAGUUCUUGAGGCCGUGAAAAUGACGCUUUCCAUCAUAAAUAUGUUCUUUUUUGCAUUGUUGGGAAUAUGGACCCAUGGCGGUGCCUAUAAUCCUCUCACAGUUUUAGCCGGUGCCAUUUCUGGAGAUUUCAGCAAUUUCCUUUUCUGCGUUGGCGCUAGAAUUCCCACUCAGCUGAUUAUGAAAUUUACAUCUAGGAAUUAGUGUUUUCAAUUGGGAAACAAUCCAGAAUAGGUUAACCUUUGCUUUGUCCAGAGAGUUCUAUACCUUUUGGGAGAUCUUAGCAAAUGCUCUAGCGCAGCAUUGCGCCUUAAAAUUUGAUGGUGCCAAAACAAGGUCAAUGUUUUAUUAAUCUGAUACUUCUGUU